AUGGGCUCGACAACGGACUAUGGUUUUGACUAUGUCUUUACUGUCUACCGCGGCACAUUCAUUCAAUCGAUUCUGCCGGACUCGGGAUCCAAGCCUGAAUUGUCUCGCAAUCAAGGCGCUUUGUGGGUCGCUGCUGCUGAUGGCCGCAUUAAAGGCUGGGACUGGGAAGCUAGUGAUGAAAAUGGAUUCGCCGAAUUGAUGGAUCGGAAUGGGUGGGUUGAUAUCGAUGCCGUUGCGGCCCAGGGCCAAGUCAAUGGUCAUGGUUCAAAGAUCAGAGUGAAGAUUGUCACCGCAAGCGAGGAACAAAAUGAAUUCUUCUUCCCUGGUUUUAUUGACACCCACAUCCAUGCCCCGCAAUACCCCAACGCGGGCCUCUUCGGCUCAUCAACACUUCUGGACUGGCUAGAGACCUACACAUUCCCAGUAGAGUCACGCUUCGGGUCACCACCAGACCCAAAAACGGGACACCAAACCUCAACCGACCCCAAAGAAGCACCCAUCCUAGCCCAGCAAAUUUACGACCAAGUAAUCUCCCGCACUCUAUCCCAUGGCACAACCUGCGCCUCCUAUUACGCAACAACCCACGUCCCAGCCACAAACGCCCUAGCAUCACUAUGCCACAUCCGCGGCCAACGCGCCUUCAUCGGCCGCGUAUGCAUGGAUAACCCAGACUUCUGCGUAGACUACUACCGCGAUUCCAGCGCCGAAGACUCUAUCGUCGCAACCCGCCAGACAAUCGAGUACAUCCACACCCUGGACCCAAAAGGAAAUCUCGUCAAGCCGAUCGUCACACCCCGCUUCGCGCCCACGUGCACGAGACCCGCAUUGCAGAGUCUUGGCGACUUGGCAGCUAGCUAUUCGCCCCCUUUGCAUAUCCAGACCCACAUCUCGGAGAAUAUCAACGAGCUUGCGCUUGUUAAGGAGCUUUUCCCGGAGGCGGAUAGCUAUGCUGCUGUUUAUGAUAAAUACAACCUCCUCACGCCGCGUACGAUCCUCGCGCAUGCGGUGCAUCUCACGGCGGAUGAGCGGGCUCUGAUCCGUGCGCGCGACGCUAAGAUCUCGCACUGUCCCGCGUCGAACGCGGUGCUGGGGUCGGGGAUUUGUCCUGUUAGGACGCUGCUCGAUGAAGGGAUUACGGUUGGUCUCGGGACCGAUGUUAGCGGUGGGUACAGUCCUAGUAUUCUUGAGGCGGCGCGACAGGCUUGUCUUGCUUCGCGGUUGCUGAGUCAAUCGGCUCCAUGGCGAAGGGAUAAUCCUUCGGGCGUGGAUGGGAAUGGCUCGGAUGGACGGGAGAAAUUGUCGGUUUCUGAAAGUCUUUACCUUGCUACGCGUGGUGGAGCGGCGGUUGUUGAUAUGGCGAGUGAUGUUGGUGGGUUUGAUAUGGGGAUGUUGUGGGAUGUGCAGUUGAUUCGCCUUGGUGGGGUUAUGUUAGUGGAUAAGAGUCCGCUGAAUGUUGUUACUGAUGGUACUGCGGAUCUUGUGAAGGCUGGUCCUGUGGGAAAUGUUGAUUUGUUCGGGACGGAGAGUUGGGAGGAGAAGAUUCAGAAGUGGGUUUGGGCUGGCGAUGAUCGGAACGUGAAGGCUGUCUGGGUUGGGGGGAGAUUGGUUCAUUCAAGGGUGUAA